AUGGACCUACAGGACUCAAAGCUUAUAAAAUAAAAACAAGUGUCAUAGGCCCAGCUCUUCACCAGAAGUUAUGAUGAUGGCCUGUGCUUUGAAUAUGUGAUGUUCUAUAAUCAUGUUGAGAAAAGGAUAGUUUGCUUGUUUCAAGGAGACCUGCAAGGAGUACCUGGAUUCCUUCAUGGAGGUGCCAACGUAGCCAUGAUUGCUGCUAUUGUUAGUAUGUCUGUGAUUAUAGUUGGGGGAAUUGUCAUGACUGCCAAUCUCAACAUCAUAAAAAGACCUAUCCCCCUUUGUUCUGUUGUUGUGAUAAAUAGCCAACUUGAUAAAAUCGAAGGAAGGAAAGUAUUUGUUUGCUGUAAUAUUUAACGUAUUAAUGAGAAAACCCUACACUCAGAGGCAACAGACUUAUUUACAAAGCUGGAUCCUGAAAAACAUUUGACAUGA